UACUAUAGAGAAAUUAAGUGGGAUGUUUUAAAUUCAUACAUCGUUGGAUGAAUAGGAUCAACAUUUGUAAGAAAACGACGAAAAAGUCCAGUCAUUGUUCAUAAUGGCUGAUGUAAGCCAUUGUUACAGCAGUCCUACUUAUAAAUAUGCAACAGGCUUAGCUUCAUUAAAACCGUAACUUAGUUUUGUCUUGCAUAUCCUUGAAUUCCUGGUUCAGUAUUCUCACAUGGCGGCGCAGAAGGUGGUAUUGAAAAUCAUGACCAUGAAUGACGAAAAGACAAAAAAGAAAGCUAUAGAGGCUGUUGCCAACAUAUAUGGGGUUGAUUCAAUCGCGGCAGAUGUGAAGGAGCAAAAGUUGAUAGUCAUAGGGGAGAUGGACACGGUUGCCAUUGCCAAAAAACUCAAGAAAAUAGGGAAAGUAGACAUUGUUACAGUGGGACCUGCUAAAGAAGAGAAGAAAGAUGACAAAAAAGACGACAAGAAAGAUGAAAAGAAAGACGAAAAGAAGGAUGAAAAGAAAUGAUUAUCAAAAUUUGAAGCUUGUAUAGCUAUACCAAUAAACAUGCCAAUAAUAAGCUACUCAAAUUAUUAUUACCACCUUUCAUUUUGCUUGAUCUACUAUGUUUUUUGGGGGUUUUUUACCUGCUGGUUUUUUUUUUAUAGUACAGAUGUUGAUGAAAUGCAGAAAUCUAUGCUUUGAGUUUAUGAAA